GUCACCGCGUGCGCGUGUGCUUGCGCGCGCGCGAGCGAGCGGGAAGGUGAUGUCGCGCGCGGAGGAUAGCGGCGGCACCGUGAUGGCUUGACUGCGGGACGGGCGGCGGAUUGAGGGAGGGGGGAGGAAGCGCGCGUGUUCCACGCCACGCCGCCGCCGCCGCCGCCGCCGCCGCGCGCUCAGUCAUGGAGACCAACAAAGUUCUUCAUUUCGUGCCGUCGGAGGUGCCUCCUUGUGGCAUGUCCAAGAACGGAUACUUCUUUCAGGAAAUGGAGCAGCGGGAGGCGGAGCCGGACGAGGCCCACGAGGACCUACAGGAGGUCCAGGACUCGCCCAUCGCCUCCGCGGACAACGUCCAACUUUACGACAGCCAGGUCACCCCUGGAUCAGAGAGCAACGACUCUGGCUGCGUUCUGCUCAACACGUCCAGGAGGUAUGUGAAGCUGAUGAACUUCGAGGAGGAGAUCCGCCCCCACCGGGACCUUGACGGCUUCCUGGCUUGUGCCAGCAUCCUAUUGGACGAGACUGCGGCAACGCUGGAUGAAGUCCUGAAGAGAAUGCUGAGACAUGUUGGACAGGAAUACAGCUCCCCAGAGCCAGGGUGGAACUUUGAGGACAUCAUGAGUUUGCUCUUCACUGACGCCGGCGCGCAGGAAGUCAACGACAGUUUUGUUGUCUUUGACGACGUUCACCUUCUGUCCGAGACCAUCCAGGGUGUGACGGCCACCGACACGGGAGUUCACUACCAGCAGUCGUGGCUCUGCAUAUUGUGCAACCUGAAGGACCUGCAGCGUCGCCACGUGUGUAUCUCCCGGUUGGAGAGGCCUCAGAACUGGGGUGAGAACUGCUGCGAGGUUCGCUACGUCAUCCUGGUCCUGGCGCCGCGCAAAAUGAAGAGCACCAAGACCGCGAUGGAGCUGGGCAGGACGUUCGCGACGCUCUUCUCGGACAUUUCCUUCCGCCAGAAGCUUCUGGAGACCAAAACCCAGGAAGAGUUCAAGGAGGCUCUGAUGUUCCAGCGCCACCAGCUGUCGGCUGCCAACCAGCAGUUCACCGCGCUGGACAAGGAGGAGACGGACCCCUACAACCACAAGCCCCUCAAGUGUACAGACUUCUUCCUCGCGGGCCGGGGGAUUUACGAGGACCUGUGUCGCCGCCUUCCUCUCUACGCCUCCGACUUCACAGAUGGUAUUGUGGGUCACAACAAGACGCUGUUGAAGUACAUGACCACGGCCAUCUUUCUCUACAUCGUCAUCCUGCUGCCCGCCAUCGCGCUCGGCUCGCUCAACGACGAGAGCACGCACGGCGAGAUCGACGUGAAGAAGACCAUCGUCGGGCAGUCCAUCGGCGGCGUCAUCUACUCGCUGUUCGCCGGUUCCCCUCUCGUCAUCCCGCUGACCACGGCCCCCCUCGCCAUCUUCAUAAGUGUGAUCCGCGGGAUCUGCGAUGACUACCAGCUGGACUUUGCAGCCUUCUACGCCUGCAUCGGGCUGUGGAACUGCCUCUUCCUCAUCCUGGGAGGAGUCUUCAACCUCAGCCUGGUCAUGAAGCUCUUCAAAAGGUCCACAGAGGAGGUGAUCGCUCUCUUCAUCUCGACGGCGUUUGCGGUGGACGCCGUCAAAGGAACCGUGAAAAUCUUUCAGAGGUACUACCACCCGCCCACUCUGGGCAACGCCAGCGCAGCCGACCCGUCGUCGGCCCGCGUCGGCGCGACGGGGGGCAACGGGAGCGAGCUCGGCGUGGCCUCGGCGCUGCACGCCAUCCCCGACUCGCUGAUCGACUGCACACGCGAGCGGCCCGUCCUGUGCCUGCUGCUCAUGAUGGGCACGCUGUGGAUGGGCUACACGCUCUACCAGUUCAAGAGGAGUCCGUUCCUGCACGCCAAAGUGAGGGAGGUGUUGUCCGACUGCGCUCUGCCCAUCUCGGUCCUUCUCUUCUCCUUUAUCGGAUCCUACCUGUUUAGCGACAUCGAGCUUCCGGUGUUUAAAGUCCACAACAAGCCGACGUUCAGCGUGGCGCCGUUGGAGCGUCUGACGGCCUUGAACGUGAUCAGCGCCAUGGGCCUGGGCUUCCUCCUCGCUUCGCUCAUCUUCAUCGACCAGAACAUCGUGGUGUCGCUCACCAACGCGCCCGAGAACAGGCUGCUGAAGGGCACGGCGUACCACUGGGACCUGAUGCUGUCAGGCCUGAUCAACAUCCUGAUGUCGGUUCUGGGGCUGCCCUGGAUGCACGCCGCCUUCCCGCACUCCACGCUGCACGUGCGCCAGCUGGCCUUCGUGGAGCAGCGCGUGGAGGGGGGGCACCUCUACGAGACCAUCGUGCAGGUGAAGGAGACUCGCGUGACGUCGCUGGCCGCCAACAUUUUCAUCGGCGCCUCGGUGUUCCUGUUGCCGCUGCCGCUGCAGUGGAUCCCCAAGCCGGUCCUGUACGGACUCUUCCUCUACAUCGCGCUCACCUCCAUCGACGGCAACCAGAUGUGCGACCGCAUGGCCCUGCUGCUCAAGGAGCAGACGGCGUACCCGCCCACCCACUACAUCCGCAAAGUGCCCCAGAGGAAGAUCCACUACUUCACCUUCCUGCAGAUCACGCAGCUGCUGGUGCUGUGCACGUUCGGCAUGUACCCCAUUCCCUACAUGAAGAUGAUCUUCCCCUUGGUCAUGAUCAUGCUCAUCCCCAUCAGGAACAGGGUGCUUCCUCACAUCAUUGAGGCCAAAUACUUGGACAUCAUGGAUGCCCAACACAUGUAGCCGCCGAGGACGAAAGGUGGCGCCAAAUGCGGAGAAACCUAAAAGACUGACUGAAAAGGGCAAAGAAAAAGUUGGGUAUUUUUUAACGCCAAACUGCGGCGGGGGAAGAGGAAUUUCCAAAGCGAACUCUCGUGAAACCGGGAACUUUCCGACAGGCCGGAAAAGCCGAAAAGUCGCACGAGGAACAGGUCCAGAACUCCCGGAUUCAUCGGCAUCGUUGUCCUUGUGUGCGUUUCGAGUACUUGAACUACUCGCUCGUGGCGUGUAAGUGACGAUUCAUUGAGAAGACGGUGUAACGGCACAACUUCUUUUUCACGCCCGUGUUGUGUUUUUACGCUGCUGGUGGUGUUUGGUCCACGUGACGUAUACUUACACUGUGUUGAUGAGUAGUUAAAUACUAGAUCCAAAAGGUAGCACGGAUGUCUUUUUUUUUUUUUUAACUCAUUCCUUUAACGUUCCAUCGAAGAGGCGCGGCUUGGCGUCAUUGCGGGUUAUCUUGCCCUCAACAGGCCCUUUUAAUAUCCUCCCUCGUUUGUCCCCAACUAGGACAAAAACGUCAGCUAGCUUCCUCAAAAGCAGGACACAGUGGACACCCCCCCGCUAUUUUGGGGGGAUAGGCACAUGAAAAGGGGUUGUUUUCGAAUCCCUCCCUACCCCCCCCAAAAAAAUCAAAGAUUGGUAAAAAAAACCAAAAAAAAAAAAAACAAUCCAUGAAUAUGGGGGGUGUUUCUCCAAAUAACGGGGGGCAGGUUCCAAAAAUUGGUGACUUGACAAAUGGCGAACUAUGAAGUUGCGGGGGUCCACUGCAUAUUCAUAUUUGUUCCCCACUCCAAUUGAGUGUUGUUAAAGGCGGGCAUUUUUACAUGAAAAAGGCAUUUUCAUAAAAUUCAAUUCGCUAUUUUCCAAUUCAAGAACAUAAUAAUUAUCCUCUUAGCCUGUCAAACUCGGCUUAUAUUCAUUCGACACGGCUAUAAAAAAAAAAGUUUUCAACAAUCAAAAUGGGAUAAAAUGUCUCUUCAGGAUGUCGUGAGGGGUAGCUUCCCGUUGUGCCCCUAACCCCUGACCUUCCUCUCCCUAGCACAACCCUCAUCUAACGUUUUAUGGGGAAUGGAAAUGAAAACAUGUACAUUAUAUAUAAUGUGGGUCAUUAUUUAUAACGGCAGCACAAACCAAAACUUAGUUU